CCCCACUUUCUAUCAAGGGAAGCUCCUAUCCAUGCAGAAUGGAUUUUCAUCCAGUUUGUUGUGUCCGUAGUGGUCAUUGCUAAACCAAUGAGCAUGGCCUUUUCCAGUGUAGUGACAAAGCUUGUUAUUGCCCAUCCGUGUAUGGUGCUUCGAAGACAGUGUCAGGUGCAUCAAAAUGCUCGAUCACUCCAUUUGACUCCGUUUACGUUGGUACCUGUGGUGUGUAACAUGGUGGCGAAUGAGGGUAUUAUGACGUUUUGGAAGGGAUCAGUUGGAUCAUGUGUUCUUUGGGGUCUGUCGAAUGUGACUGAAAUUGUGUUGGCUGAUUUGUUUGGCCUACCAAGGUACAUCGUUCCCAACGGUAGCACAACGAAGUACUGGAAGCAUAUCCUGUUAAAGGCAAUUUCAUUACGUCUUGUUAGGUUUGCUGUAACAAGUUUUGAUAUUGACAUUGACGCCGUUUUUUGUUUCCACAUUCACGGAGACAGUUCGGUUCUUGUGAGAGGUAUCGAUAGAUUAAGGUGGUUUCCAAUUUUUGGUUCGAAGGAUUCGUCGCGCCGAUUUUCCGUGUUACACUUGGCGGUGCCUACUGUUCUCUAUCGUACAUUGCAUUACAUUAUACAGACGAAGCUUUAUUACCAGUUCUUUAAAAUGGCCAGAAAAUACGUGAAUAAAAAGCCAGAAGCGGAAAGGAAGAAAUUUCAUCAGUAUAUUCCACAAAUGUUUGCACAGACAUCUUCGACAAUAACGACGGAUUUAAUUCUAUUUCCUAUUGAGACCGUAAUGCACAGGAUGUACAUACAAGGAACGCGAACUCUUAUUGACAACCUUGAUACGGGUCUUUCUGCCAUUUCUAUCACUGCAAAGUACAGUGGUUUUGUCGAUUGCCUCCGAUCAGUUCUUCAACAUGAAGGAUUUUGGGCGCUGUACAGUGGUGUGGGAGCGUUGGCACUCGAAUAUUUAUUGCAUUCGCUUUUGCAUCAGGCAGUACGUGCAUGUUUUGAUAGAGGCUCAGAGGUAUGUUCAAUUUCUUCAUCGUUCGUAGGAACGUCAUCAGGAACUAUUUCUGGUCCAGUUCCACAAUCAUUGUCACCUGUAAUAAGUCCAAGAAAGCAACAUUCAUCACAUACGCCUCCUAUUCGCGAUGCCACACAAUUUCCUACGUUUGGUGAAUCAGUUUCACAACUAGAUUCAUCUCGACCUAACGCUUUUGGUACAGCGCUUCAUCAUUCUAUUGCAUUUUUCAGAUUAUGA